UGAAAAAAUCAAAACUUGUUGCUAUAAUUAAAUACAAUCUAAUUAUGAAUAAAAAUAUUUUCUCGAGAAAAAAAAAAAAAAGAACUGCUGGAAGAUUUUUCUCUUCAUUCAAAUCUCUUUCUCCUCCUUCAUCUUUCUCCUUCCUUUCACCUGAAAUUCUUCAUCUCACUCUCUCACUUCCCCCUCCUAACUAAUUUCAUCACCUUCCAACCAUUCCUUCGUUCCCACGUCAUAGAAGACUUCCACCAUUGUUACAUUGACCGAUUCAAUUUUCCCAAACUAUUCUGGACUUUUUUUUUGCAUUGUACGUAGCUUUCGAAAUUGGAUUAUCUGUGGAGUAAAGGAAGAUAAAUUCUGCAAUUAGGGUUUCUAAUUUUGUGAAUUUCGUCAACAAUUGGGGUGAAAUUAGGGUUUGUGAUCAGAAUUGGGGAAGAAGAAAGAGAUCUGGGGUUUAGGUCAACGGAAUUUGAGGUUGGGAUGAUGAUGAUGAUGAUGAUCGGAUUAUUAGUUUGUUAAAAAAAUCGACGGUUUGGAUCUGAUCGGAGAAGAGACAGCGCCACAAGAUGGCGCUGUUCCGUCGCUUCUUCUAUAAAAAGCCUCCUGAUCAUCUUCUCGAGAUCUCAGAGCGUCUUUAUGUUUUUGACUGUUGUUUCUCGAGUGAUGUUAUGGGAGAGGAUGAUUACAAACUUUAUUUAGGUGGCAUCGUUGCUCAGCUACAGGAUCAUUUCCCUGAUGCGUCCUUCAUGGUGUUUAACUUCAGAGAAGGAGAUCAGCGGAGUCAAAUAUCAGACGUGUUGUCCCAAUACGACAUGACGGUUAUGGAUUAUCCUCGGCAGUAUGAGAGUUGUCCGCUUUUACCACUCGAGAUGAUCCAUCACUUUUUAAAAUCCAGCGAAAGCUGGUUAUCAUUGGAAGGUCAACAAAAUGUUCUGUUGAUGCAUUGCGAAAGAGGUGGCUGGCCUGUUCUUGCUUUCAUGUUGUCAGGGCUGUUGUUGUAUAGAAAGCAGUAUCAGGGUGAGCAGAAGACUCUUGAGAUGGUACACAAGCAAGCUCCCAAGGAGCUUCUUCAUCUAUUGUCUCCUUUAAAUCCGCAGCCUUCUCAGCUUAGAUAUCUUCAGUACAUUUCUAGAAGAGAUCUAGGCUCUGCUUGGCCUCCUUCGGACACGCCUCUUCUUCUGGAUUGUUUGAUUCUUAGAGAUCUUCCUCAUUUUGAAGGGAGAGAAGGUUGCAGACCAAUUGUAAGAGUUUAUGGUCAGGACCCUAAAUCCAAAGCCAAUAGGACUUCCGUAACUCUCUUUUCCACACCAAAGACUAAGAAACACACUCGCCUUUACCAACAGGAAGAGUGUAUUCUGGUGAAGUUAGAUAUCCAGUGCCGUGUUCAAGGGGAUAUUGUUCUGGAAUGUAUACACUUGCAUGAUGAUUUGGUUGGUGAGGAGAUGGUCUUUAGAAUCAUGUUCCACACAGCAUUUGUACGUGCUAAUAUCUUAAUUGUACAACGUGAUGAGAUGGAUAUACUUUGGGACGCCAAGGACCAGUUCCCAAAGGAAUUUAAGGCAGAGGUACUUUUUUCUGGCGCUGAUGCUGUGGUGCCUGCUAUCACAACAACUCCAGCGUCAGAAGAUGAGGACGAUUUUGAUAUGGCUUCACCUGAUGAGUUUUAUGAGGUGGAGGAGAUUUUUAGCGAUGUGGUUGAUGGGCAUGACGUGAAGAGAGACUCGGAUAGUUUUGUGGUUGUUGAUACGGCUUCAGAUGAUUCUGAGGGUAAAGAGGUGUGGAAGGGGGAUGUGGAACCCAAUGCGUUUCUUGAUUGUGCAUCUGAUGAUUCAAAUCAUAAACAUGAUCUGCGUACUAGCACGGAUACAGUCAAAGAUAUCACUGUUGAUGAUGUGCAGUAUAGGUCAGAUGGGAACGCAGAUGGUAAUAUUGACUCAGUGAAGGAUAUUGGAAUAGACGAUGGUGAUGAGCAGCGAAAGAGGAUGACUAUGGAAGCAAAGGAAAGUGAUUCUGCAACAGCAGAGACGCAAGACAAAGGUGAUGGAGAAGGGAAUGAUUUAGAGACUACAUCUCAGAAAACAGAUACAAAUCUCGACAAUCCCAUAUCUGAAAAAACAAAAGCUACACCAAGGAAACAGGUCGGAGCAAAUGCACUGAAACCAAAGUCUAAGCAGCAAGAAGCUCAGGGGGCUAAUGUAAGAAUGGCUAAGCCUAAUGCAGUUUCUCGAUGGAUUCCUUCAAAUAAAGGCUCAUAUAAAGAAUCUAUGCAUGUGGCGUAUCCACGGACAAGGAUUAGCAGUGCUCCUGCUUCAGUUACCACUUCUCUCAAGGAUGGUAAAAGAGCUACGUCACCUGAUGGUGUGGCUCCAAAGGAUGCUAAGACUAAAGGUCUGAGAGCGUCUGUUUCUUCACCAGAUAUGAGGAGUCGAGCUCCUAUUUGCUUAUCACCAGAUUCUAGCCCAAAGGAAAAGCGGCCUUCUCUGCCUGUCUCUCCACAUCAUGCGCCUCGACCACCUCGGUAUUCACCUUCAUCUCCGGAGCUAUAUUCUCUAACCAGUGAUGCUGCAUCAGUUUUAGAUUCUUCACAAGCAGCUGCAUCACCUCCUCCACCUCCGCAGCCACCUCCACUGCCUACUUACUCAUCACCGAGCCAAAAUGACAGCAACACUCAAACAUCUAGGAUCCCACAACCACCACCACCACCACCUCCUCCAUUUGCCUCUGAGAGACCAAACGGUGGAACCAUGUUGCCUCCACCACCUCUUCCUCCUCCUUUGGCAUCUGAGAAACCAAAAAUUGGAACCAGGUUGCCUCCACUGCCAGUAUCUCCACCUUGGAAGUCUGUGUAUGCCUCAGCUUUGGCAACUCCUACGACAUGCUCGACUUCUCAACAUACUCCACCACCACAAACCAGCAGCCACUCUCAAACAUCUCAGCUGCCCUUGCCACCGCCUCCUCCACCACCACCUCCUUUUGCAUCUGUUAGGCGAAACAGUGAAACCAUGUUGCCCCCUCCACCACCUCCACCACCGUGGAAGUCUGUGUAUAGUUCAACUCUUGAAACUCAUGAGGCAUUCUCUACAUCUUACAAUUUAACACCCCCGCCACCUCCUCCUCCUCCUUUUAGCUCAUCAAAUACACCAAAAGAAAAUGGAGAUCACGUUACUCCUUCCCAGCUGCCUUAUUUGAGUAAUGCACCUUCGCCAUCACCCAAGUCCUCUCCUAUCAACGGUUUUUCUGCUCCUCCACCUCCUUUAAGUAAAGCGCAUUCAGUCCCUCUCCCUCCCCCUCCAAGUUAUGGAUCUCCACCUCCACCUCCUCCACAACCACCAAGCUAUGGAACUCCACAACCACCGAGUUAUGGAACUCCACCUCCACCUCCUCCACAACCACCGAGUUAUGGAACUCCUCCACCACCUCCUCCACAACCACCGAGUUAUGGAACUCCUCCACCACCUCCUCCACAACCACCGAGUUAUGGAACUCCUCCACCACCCCCUUCUUUUGGUAAAACUCUGCCUCCGCCACCACCACCACCUCCAUUUAGCUCUAGUGGUCCUCCGCCACCACCACCUCCUCCAUUUAGCUCUAGCGGUCCUCCACCACCUCCUCCUCCAUUUAGCUCUAGUGCUCCCCCGCCACCACCACCUCCUCCAUUUAGCUCUAGUGCUCCCCCGCCACCACCACCUCCUCCAUUUAGCUCUAGUGCUCCCCCGCCACCACCACCUCCUCCAUUUAGCUCUAGUGGUCCUCCGCCUCCACCACCUCCUCCAUUUAGCUCUAGUGGUCCUCCGCCACCACCACCUCCUCCAUUUAGCUCUAGUGGUCCUCCGCCUCCACCACCUCCUCCAUUUAGCUCUAGUGGUCCUCCUCCUCCACCACCUCCACCAUUUAGAUCUGGGGGGCCACCGCCUCCACCUCCUCCACCAAUGGGUGCUCCACCUCCACCACCUCCUCCGAUGCAUGGAGGAGCCCCGCCACCACCACCUCCUCCAAUGCGUGGAGGAGCUCCACCACCUCCACCUCCUCCUAUGGGUGGAGGAGCCCCACCACCUCCACCUCCUCCAAUGCGUGGAGGAGCUCCACCGCCUCCACCUCCUCCUAUGGGUGGAGGAGCCCCACCGCCACCACCGCCUCCUGGUGGUAGAGUUUCUGGGGGACCUCCGCCUCCACCACCUCCAGGUGGUCGUGCUCCUGGUCCACCUCCGCCUCCUGGGCCAAGACCUCCAGGUGGUGGACCUCCUCCGCCUCCUGGACCAAGACCUCCUGGUGGUGGACCUCCUGGACCUCCAGAUCUUAAGGGUGCAGGAAGAGGGCGUGGUCUUGCACGUCCAGGUUUGGGAUCUGCAGCUCAAAAAAAGUCUUCUCUGAAGCCAUUACACUGGGUUAAAGUAACAAGAGCCUUGCAGGGAAGCUUGUGGGACGAGUUACAGAGACAAGGACAAACCGCACCAGAAUUUGAUGUAUCAGAAAUAGAGACCCUCUUCUCUGCUAUAGUGCCAAAACCCGUUGAUAAAGCUGGAGGUCGAAAAAAACCGGCUGGGGCAAAGCCUGAAAAAGUUCAACUGAUUGACCUUAGGAGAGCCAAUAACACGGAAAUUAUGCUUACGAAAGUAAAGAUGCCGCUGCCUGAUUUGAUGGCUGCAGUUCUGGCAAUGGAUGAUACUGUACUAGAUAGUGAUCAAAUAGAGAAUCUUAUAAAGUUUUGUCCAACCAAGGAAGAGAUGGAACUUCUAAAGAACUACACUGGUGACAAGGCAACCUUGGGAAAGUGUGAGCAGUACUUCCUAGAGCUAAUGAAGGUGCCACGAGUAGAAUCGAAGAUGAGAGUAUUUUGCUUCAAGAUUCAGUUUCGUACCCAGAUAAUAGAAUUCAAAAAAAGUUUAAAUGCUGUCAAUUCUGCUUGUGAGGAGGUCCGUACUUCACCAAAGCUUAAAGAAAUUAUGAAAAAGAUUCUUUACCUGGGGAACACAUUGAACCAAGGAACUGCGAGGGGCGCUGCAGUGGGAUUCAAGUUGGAUAGUUUAUCAAAAUUAAGCGAUACACGUGCUGCUAACAGCAAGAUGACUCUCAUGCACUAUCUUUGCAAGGUCCUUGCUUCCAAGGGAUCAGAUCUACUGGACUUCCCUAAGGAUCUUGAAAGUCUUGAAUCAGCUUCGAAGAUACAAUUGAAGUCGCUGGCUGAGGAAAUGCAAGCUAUAAUCAAAGGGUUGGAAAAACUGAACCAGGAGCUCACUGCUUCCGAGAGUGAUGGUCCUGUUUCAGAAGUUUUCCGCAAAACAUUGAAAGACUUCAUUUCCGUAGCCACGACCGAAGUGGCAACUGUAACUAGUCUUUACUCGGUGGUGGGAACUAAUGCUGAUGCACUUGCACACUAUUUUGGCGAGGAUCCCAAGCGUUGUCCAUUUGAACAAGUUACCGCGACCUUGUUAAAUUUUAUAAGGCUGUUUAAGAAAGCACACGAAGAGAAUAUAAAGCAAGAGGAAAUGGAGAAGAAGAAAGCCGCUAAGGAAGCGGAAAUGGAGAAAGAGAAAGCCGCUAAGGAAGCUGAAAUGGAGAAGGAGAAGGCUAAAGAAGUCAAGUUGACAAAAACAGCAGAUGAUGAUGAUGUUGAUAGCUGA